CGAGCUGCAUCAAAUGGACUCUCAACCUCAUUUAAGUCUCUUCAUUUAACCAAAGCUUGCUCUCCUUUCCUCCACAAUUGUGGACAGAGACAUUGAGUGGUCGGAUAAUGUCUGCAAAAAUGGUGAAACACACAAGCUCCCCCAGAAAAUUCAAAUCUUUGAUCUGCAGCCAGCUAGCUCGUUCUCUAGCUUCAUAUCACCGGCAGCCAGUCACUAUCGAUCGGUCAGUUUCCAUCUCCACGGUCUUUGUCCAAGGCUCUUUCAAACACUCGCAAUUUUUUCCACCUAUUGCGCAAUAGCUGGAGCGAUAGGGAAAACCGUGUUGACAUUUCGUGUUCGGAAGAUAGCAAUGGUACCCACCAGACGUCUAAUAACCUAUUCCAUCUGACUGUAGCAGAAAACAAGGAACUAUCAUAGAAGCUGCUUGAUCUAUGAUUGCUCGCCGUGUCCGCUUCGACACGGAUAGGGGGGACAUAUUGUACGAGGGAGUUUCGGAGGUCACGUAUGGACAUGUCGAUCUCACCCGCCUCCAUCCUGCGCAUGGCUACCAAAUUGGGCGGAUUAAGUACGCCAAGCCUGUCCGCAUAUGGGAUCCUGUCACGAGGCGCCAAGCGAACUUCUCAACCUGUUUCUCGUUCACCAUCGAGACUGACGGCUCUGCUCGGUACAGUGAUGGCAUCGCCUUCUUCCUCGCUCCUGUCGGGAUCCCGAUCCCACCCAACUCACCUGGACAAUUCCUGGGAUUGUUCAACGGUACCACGGCUAAUGAGGGGCCUCGGAACCAGAUCGUUAUGGUCGAGUUCGACACCUAUGUGAACUGGGAGUUUGAUCCUCCAGUGCAUCACAUAGGAAUCAAUCAGAACAGUCUCUCGUCGCUCAUUUAUGCCCGCUGGGAUCCCGGAUCGCACAGCGGGAAAGCGGUCAAUGUUAACGUGACCUACAAUUCUGUGAGCAAGAACCUCAGCGUGUUCUGGUCGUUCGACGGCAAGGCCCAUCACUCGCUUUCUUACCUUGUUGAUCUGGCAAGAGUCCUUCCUGAAUUUGCAGCGAUCGGGUUCUCAGCUUCUUUCGGCCGCGAUCCAGAGAGACACAGCGUCAAUUCAUGGGAGUUCACUUCGGAUUUGGACGACGUAGAUGAACCUCGCCGGUUAUGGAUACUGGUCGUUGUUCCCACGGCAUGUUUUUUACUGGUGAUCUACGCAAGGUCUUGCUUUUUGGCCGUCAAGAGGAGGGAAAAGCAUGGUUAUGUCGCCCUUACCGACAUAGAUAAAGAGAUUGGCGCAUUGCCUACGAAGUUCACUUAUCAAGAGUUGCUCGCGGCGACCAAUGGCUUCGCAGACGAUAGAAGGCUGGGCCGAGGCGGGUCUGCCCAAGUCUAUAAAGGGUUCUGA